GACCAAGCUGGGACACGACGAGAGAGAGAACGAGAGAGGGAAAAAAAAACUGUUAGCUUGAACAUUUCUUUGGAGAAAAAUUGCCGGGUCGCAUUGCAGCAUCUCACUGAUUCUCCCAUCUACAGAUACGGCUACUUUUGUCUUUCAACGCCCCCUCCCAUCAACGUUUUUUCUCUUAACGAAAACUAACUUUGAGUUCCACGGAAAGAUGUAAAAAAUCAUUCCGGAGACUAAACUUGGACACAAGCAGCGGGCUGGACCGUUAGCAGGACCGUUAGGUUUUUUAACCAGCGGGAGGACCAGAGGACUUUGUGGGUGAAAAGACUUAAAAACCACACUUUUUUCUGUGAGCUAGCCGCAUUUCACGCCUCACUGCGGGGAAAAAAACAAAGAUGCUGUCAGAGCUGAGAGAGUGGUUCUGGCAGGAGCGGCUGUGGUUUCCAGAGGGCCUGGGCUGGGCCGACCUGGAGGAUCGGGAUGGACGAGUGUACGCCAAAGCCGGUGAUCUGUGGGUGGCCCUGCCCAUCGCCCUUAUAUUCCUCAUUAUCCGUCAGAUCUUCGAAAGGAAGGUGGCUACACCUCUGGCCUCUCUCCUUGGGGUGAAAGAGACAGUACGGCUCAAAGCCCCUCACAACCCCACACUGGAGUCCUACUACUGUAACACUACCAAAAACCCCACACAGACUUCUAUAGCGAGUCUUUGCAAGCAGACCGGCUGUUCAGAAAGACAAGUGCAGCGAUGGUUCAGGAGACGGAGGAACCAGGACAGACCGAGUUUGCUCAAAAAGUUUCGAGAGGCCAGUUGGAGAUUUACCUUUUACCUUCUUGCUUUCAUUGCUGGCCUGGCCGCCCUCAUCGAUAAACCUUGGCUGUAUGACCUGCAGGAGAUGUGGCAAGGCUUUCCUGUGCUGACUCUCCUGCCAUCUCAGUAUUGGUACUACAUGAUCGAGCUGGGUUUCUACGGCUCUUUGCUCUUCAGUGUGGCUUCUGACGUCAAACGCAAAGACUUCAAGGAGCAGAUUGUCCACCACGUAGCGACCAUUCUCCUCAUCAGCUUCUCCUGGUGUGUAAACUACAUUCGUGCUGGAACUCUCAUCAUGCUGGUGCACGACUCCUCUGAUUACCUCCUUGAGUCUGCAAAGAUGUUCAACUAUGCUGGGUGGCGAAAUGCCUGUAACUACAUCUUCAUUGUAUUUGCUGCAAUCUUCAUCAUCACUCGCCUUGUCAUCUUCCCCUUCCGGAUUAUUUACUGUACGUGGGUAUACCCAGUGACUGUCUAUGAACCCUUCUUUGGCUAUUACUUUUUCAACGGUCUUUUGAUGGUACUGCAGUGUCUACAUGUCUUCUGGGCUGUCCUCAUCGUACGGAUAGCAGUCCGCUUCCUCACAAACAAUGAAAAAGUGGACGAUGCAAGAAGCGACAAAGAUGAGACAGAUGAAUCAGAAGAGGAAGAGGAAGUGGAGGUUAAAAAGGACAUGAAGAAAAAUGGACCGGUGCAGAAUGGCUACACAGUCUACAACAACAACCACAGCAAGACCGAGUGAAAGCAAACAAGUGUCAGGACGAAAGAAUGUGAGAAGGACUCAUAUCCCUUGGUGGGGGAGCGGGAGGGAGGGAUAAAAAGAGAGAAAGAAGAGGGGAUGUAGGUGAGGAAUGGGGCAAGUCAUUCCCUAAAACCAAGGAAAUUUGACACUGUUACUUUCGCACAACGUGAAAAAAACACACUCACACACAACUCAUUUUUAGAGGGCACAGAGAUCUAGCGGAUGAUAUACACACUACAUUAAGUGGCAUGGCUUUUUCGCUUUGUCAUCAGAGAAAUGUAUCAUUGUCAGUGUGUCCCCAAAAUUUCAAAGAGGCAGGGAUGAAAAUGGAAAGUGUGGGGAGGACACGAGGGAGGGGGAGUGAUGCUGCUUCUACUAUAGCUUUUCUUGUUCUAACUGUGUGCCUUAUAGCCUUUUUCCAUUGGCACUUUUGGCCGUGCCGAGUCAAAAACCACGCCGCAUUGAUUUGCAACUCCAUUACCGGUUUAAACGCACUAAUUCGCGCCUGAGAUGGACCAUCUACGAAGUCGGGGCAGCGAGCAAUGAGAUUUUUAGGAGUAGGGGUCAAGGGUGUGUGUCGUGUAGGAUGCUGUUAAAGUGGGUGUGUGUCGUGUAGGUCUGCAAGACUGCAGAUAGACCCUUCUUGUUGUAAUGGAGAUGCAAAAACCUGCCGCGUGGGGCUGACGGAGUGAGUCAAAAUGAGUCAAGCCAAGCCAGCACGUGUAUGGAAAACCCCCAGUAGAGCCAACUAAUGGCCAUUUUAAAGCUUUCUGCUAUACUCAUGUGUUGCUUUAUUCCACUGUACUUUUCUUUUCUACUAAAAGAACAAAGUAAAGGUGAGUUUUAUGAAAGUGAGGCAAUAGGGCAUUUACUUCCCUAAUAUUUCUGUCUAUGCAAUAAGUGUUUGUUCAGCUAUUGCGAUGUCUUUGCACAAACCUACAGUGUCUCUUAUAUGAUGUAAUAACUCGCAGUAAGAUUGUGUGCCUGCUGCUGCUUUUACAGUCUAUAAAGUCGUCUGCCUCGUGAGCUUCACAGCAAAAUUUGGUUUCAGUUUUGUAGAUAAACAGCAUCUUAAAGAAAAAUCUUAAUCCAGCAUAGCUCAUUGUGUACAAUCCUUGCUUCCACAGGAGAUGUCUGAGCCGCAAAGCGUGCAGUUCUCAGUUCUCUGCUUAAAUAGUCCCACAGUUUCAGCGCGAACACCGCAAUAGAAUCACAGCUUCCUGCUAGCUUGACAGAGCUGAAUGUUUUUCCCUCUCUCUGGUUUGGCUGAAGCAGUUUCAUCCAGUCGAGUCAUGAACCAUGCUGAUGAUGCCACCCACUGCAAAGCGAUGACGCUCAAGAAAAAAAAUUCUUUGCGAAGGUGGAUUGCUCUGUUGAAAUGCAGGCGAAAUAAGGACCACAUUUGUUCAGACCACUGCCUAGUAGCCCAGGUUAUGUUUGUUAACCCUGGGUGAGAAUUUAAGUGUUGAUCUAGAUGAAUGAUUUUUGGUAUGAUUCUGUGUAUGAAACAGGUUUACAGGUGUGUUAUUUCAUGUUAGUACCAAGGAGGUAAAACAUAUUGAAAUCAGGCUUUUAGCAGUUCAGUAUUUUGAGGAAUUGAUGAAAUGAUGAGUGUUGCAGUUUUGUUGUUAUGCUUUAAAGUUUUUUUUAUGUCAAGUGCCUUAUCUGUAAUGUAUGGGAAGCUCUCUCUCCUUUCUUCAUGUCCUCUUCUGUUCUUCUCUGUCUCCACCUCACAUCACAGAGCCAACAGCAAGACAAGCAUGUCCUCACUCCCCCACUUUUCUCCUAUUCUUACCUGUUCUCAUAAAUUACCUUCCUUCCAAACAUAGCCCUCAUUCCACCAUCACCACGUUCUUUUAUUUUUUACUAACCCAGACCAACCAGCAACCUCUCUUCCCCAGUGAUACAGAAGAAUCAGCUGUGUCCUGAUUACAGUGUUAUUAUUGUUUUUUUUUUUGUUUGUUUAAUGAUGCCUAAGUAUUGUUAUUAAUAAUAAAAGCAAAGAUCAUGAAUCACAAUGACAA